AACAAGAGUGGUCCUCUGGAUGCUGUUUAUGUGGAAUGAGAAUGAAUAAAAAAACGUCAACUAUUAACUACGAACUACAACCUAUUUUGAAAAGAAAAAAUGAGGAUAGGAUGGCGUAAUGCUGGUGAGAAACUUGCUUCUACUAAGAGGGAUUAUUGGCCUUCCAAGUUAGGAGGACGCGCUCAUGAGUGUUGUACUCAAUAAUUGUGAUAUGGGAGACCCCAUGCUGGUAGGUCAACAAAGUGCGUAAUAAAACAAGAUAAACAAGCGUCAAAUACUACAUCAAGCUGUGUAUCAUGAUCAAUAUUCAAAUUCAAUAACUGCUAGUAUUAUAGGAUCCCGAAAGAAAAGAAAACUCAGCCCGAUUCGGUCUAGUACUCUCUGAAAGUUAGACAAGUGACACACUGACUAGGGCAGUUGGCACCAAGAUCGUUCCCUUGUUAUGUAUUUACAACAACUUACAUCUUAGAUCUACGGCUGUCCUUCUUUCUAUCCAGUAUGAUGAAACUACACACAGCUGGCCUAUAUGUCACUUGUCAAACUAAUACUCUCAGAAACGAUCUGUAGUAGAGUUCCAGUUUGCGGUUCCACCUGUCCAUGUUCUUGCCUCGUUUUCCUCAUACAACUACUUAGAACAAGAGGCCCUGUUCCACGGCUCCUCAUCAGAGCCAAAUCUGAAAAAA